AUGACCCAAGUUUCCCAGGAGAGGCCUGUGUCCUACAUCCAGCAAAGUGAGGGGACUUCAGCCCCGAGCCCAGAGUGGGAAGCCAUGCCAGCGGUGCAGUCAGACCUGCGGAAUGCCAGGAAGUUGGACAGAGCAGCUGAGGAGGGAUUAAUCCUUGAGCUUCUACACAAGCCCCGACAGCUGAACACCAGGCCGAGCAGCAGCCCCUGCGGCGCCGCCAAAAAUGGGCAAGAGCGGCGGGCGCACCUCCCGCCCCCUCGGCUACGGAGGCCUGAGGCCGGAGACAGACGGAAAGGAGGCUUCGCCUCUGGCCUUCUGCCUUGUGAUGAAAAAGUCCGCAGUCUCCACUCCCCGCCUCACCCGGCGCCCCCUGCCCCUCGCUGCUCCCCCCCCCAGCGCUCCCCUCCCCCGAAGCACCCCGCCCCCCCAGCACCCCUGUCCCUUCCCUAA